AUGUGUCCUCAUUCUCCCUUGGAUAUCUCUCGGUUACCCCUCUCUCCCAACGAACUGUCACUCAGCUUUGGUUCCUCAACAACGGCUAUCAACUCUUCAUCGCAUUUUCCCACAUAUCACGAAUGUCUUUCAUCAUCGCCCGAGCAUUCACAUCAUCAUAUCGUCAAGUCGCCUUUUAGUCUUAGUCUGGAUGCAGACCGCUACUCCUCACACUUCCCGCCUGAUCACCAGUUGGACUUGGAUUUUGUCAGAACAUUCCAGUUGGAGGAUGAGCUAGGUGCAGGCGGAUAUGGCUUCGUCAUGACAGCCAGACAUCGUUGGGAAGGAUACGAAGUUGCCGUCAAGUUCAUCAUAAAGGAGAAGGUACCGGGUUAUGCGUGGGUGCAGGAUGAUAGGUAUGGUAGACUACCUACGGAGGUCUUCCUGUUGAACUAUAUGGAUCACCGCAACAUUGUCAAAGGUUUGGACCUAUUUCAAGAUCCUUCGUAUUUCUAUCUGGUACAAGAACUUCACGGUUCUCCUUGGUCGAACGCUACGCGAGCAAAACGCGCGAACCGGGCCUCUUGCCCCGGCUCCUCACCCAUCUCUACUCCGUCUCUCACACCUUCUCGCUCUGCCGACUCAUUAAAUUCCGACCCAGCACCCUCUCCUCCCAUGGUCUCCCCUUAUCACCAAUUAUCAUCGUACCUACCAGUCCCUUUGAAGAUGUGGAAAAAAAACUCCCAACCCACUCUUCAGCCUCAGUACAGCCGACGACCUUCGCAUGACCUCUUCGAAUGCAUUGAUCAGUCGGAACACAAACGCUUAUCUGAGGAGCAAGCACGCUACAUUUUCGCACAAGUUGUUGAUGCUGUACAUUAUCUUGACAGCCAUGGCAUAUCCCAUCGCGAUAUCAAAGAUGAAAACAUUGCUAUUGACAAGGAUCUGCAUGUGAAACUCAUUGACUUCGGGAGUGCGAUCGCUAUCGACCCGACAAAGUCCCGGCCAUAUUAUAAGUUCUUUCAUGGGACAACCGCAUAUGCUGCUGCCGAGAUACUUCUCAAGAAACCAUAUCAGGCUGCGCCGGCGGAAGUGUGGACGCUCGGCGUACUUCUGUCAUAUCUGCUCCAUGGUAUGUCACCAUUCCGUACCAAGAACGAUGCGAUCAAAGGGCGAAUUGUCCUGAACGAAUAUCCCGCAUUGUCUCGGUCAGCUUGGGACCUGCUACGAAAGUGUUUGGACCCGAAUCCGAAGACUCGUGCGACAAUUCGAGAAGUGAAGAUACACCGUUGGUUAAAUCAAUGA